GAUUCUCGUCUCUCGGAGCUUAGAUCUGCUCGUUCGGCGUGGAGCGCGAAAGAGGAGCGGCCAGGAAUAGCGGGGAGAGAUUCGCGAGUCUACCCGUUCCGUUAAAUGAUCCGGCAGAGGAGCCAGAGGAGGAGGUGUACGACCGAUCGCGACCGCUCCCUCCGGCUCCGUGAAACCCCGCGAACCCUCGUCUCGAUUCUUACCCGCUCUUCCCUAGUAUAUACGGAAUCAGGCUCCGGGGAAACGCCUGUUUCACGUGCAGUGAAAACGCGAGUGCGUGCGUGCGUACAUAUUAACACGGUGUAAUCGCCAUCAUCAUCAUCAUAGUCACUCGAGAAGAGAUUCGAUUCAGACAGAUAAGAUCGCCGGAAGCGAAGGAAGACGGAGAUAGGGUGGAAGGAAGGACGUGCGAGUAAAUGAGCGAGUGACCGUGUGCGUGUCGUGUCCGUUUGCAUGUGUGCGCGAUCGCGCGCGUGCGCCAAGCGAGAAGAAGAAGAGGAGGAGGCGCCGGAGGAGGAGGCGGAGCGGGGGGAGGGGGGGACGGAGCGAAGCCCGCGGCGCGCGCGACGAGAGAAGAGGCGAUUAUAGAGCCGUCCAGCGCCGCCGCCGCCGCCGCCGCUGCUCUGCCUUUGGGAGGAGGAGGGGGAAGAGGAGUGCGGCCGAGCGCGUCGUGCUCUCUUCGACGUCGUCGUCGUCGCCGUCGUCGGGGCGAUGUCUCUCGAGACGCGUUCCAGCUCGGCCCUGUUCAAGCGCGCCGAGCAGCUCAAGCGCUGGGAACAGUCCGAGACGAACCGCGAGCCCGCGCAGCCGCGCCAGGUCGCGCGCAAGAUCAAGUUCUCCGCCGACUGCGUGUUCCUGGCGGCGUGCGCCGCCAGCGACAAGGAGGAGGUCGUGCGCCUGCUGCAGAAGGGGGCGGACAUCAACACCGGGAACGUCGACGGCCUCACCGCGCUGCAUCAGGCCUGCAUCGAUGAUGACUUGGACAUGGUGGAAUUUUUGGUGGAGCAAGGAGCGGAUAUCAAUCGUGGAGAUAAUGAAGGAUGGACACCCUUACACGCUACGGCAUCUUGUGGAUUCAUAUCCAUUGCCAAAUACUUAAUAGAACAAGGAUGUAAUCUGGCAGCAGUUAACAACGAUGGUGAACUGGCGUUGGAUAUUGCAGAAAGCGACGAGAUGGAAGACAUGCUCCAACAGCAUAUAAAUAAAGCAGGCAUCGAUUGUGAUCAAGCUAGAAGUGAAGAAGAACAAUCAAUGCUGAACGACGCAAAAGCUUGGCGGUCAGGUGCACCAGGCAAGGAUUCUGUACAUCCUAGAUCAGGAGCUACUGCACUUCACGUUGCUGCUGCCAAAGGCUACAUCAAAGUCAUGCACAUAUUACUACAAGCUCGAUGCAAUGUUGAUGCACAGGACUUUGAUGGAUGGACGCCUUUACAUGGUGCGGCUCAUUGGGGUCAAUUGGAAACUUGCAAACUUCUUGUUGAGAAUGGCUGUGAUAUGGAUAUAAAAAAUUACGCCGGCCAAACUGCUUUUGAUGUUGCUGAUGCAGACAUCCUCAAAGCUCUUGAAAAUCUAAAAGAGCAACAGGUACUCAUAAUAAAAGAAAAUCCACAAACAAAUAAUAAGAAGCAAUCAUCUAUACCAAAGAAACGCGUUUCAACGAGUGCUGAUAAUGCAGUAAUGGUACAAGAAUCUGCAGAGAUCUUUGAAGAAGAAACACCAAAUAAAGUUAAGAAGGUUGAAUUGGAGAUUCAAUCUGACAAAGAAGAUUCCAGCACUAGUACAAACAGCGAUGUUGAAGCAACACGUGAAACACACAUGGAAGAGAGUGAUGGUGAAGGUGAAUCUGAGACUAGCUCAGAAUCACACUCUUCCACUUUCUCCAAUCAAUCUGAUAAGUCUAACCAUGUGACAUGUCUUACAGAUGAUGAAAAGAAAAAUAGAGUAAACAAGGAUGAAAAUGCACUCCAUAGUCCAAUAUCUCCGGUCGAAACUAAUAAAGUUCCUAAUCAGGCUCCAAUAUUGCCACCAAAACAACAGACUGAGGAUAAUGAAGAAGGUGUUGUACCAUCUUGGAGACGUUCAGGUUCCUUUCGAAAUAAAAUGCAAAGUACUGAAACUACUAAUUCUACAAAACUCGAAGAUAAGGAUAAGGAUAACAACAUUAAGAUAACACCAGUACCAAAUAAAAUUAGCGGAGAGCCCGAUGUGGUGUUAAGAAGAACACAUAGUUUUGAAACAGACGAAAAGUUUUAUGAGCAGUAUUUGGCAUUACGUGCUCGCAUCAAGGCGUUCUCGUGUCCUACGCUCCAUCGCUGCAAUGCAGCUGCUACUACUCACACCAAUGCUACGACUCGUUCUGCAUCUCUACGCGAAACACACAGAAAAAAAGACGUGAAAUUAAAUUUGGAAUUGUCAAGACUGCCACAAGGAAGCAAUACACUUUCACCAACAUCCGCAUCUAAAACAUUGGCCUCGAGUUUAUUGUCAUCCAUCACAACAACUACCACUGCCACCACAACAACAAGUCCUAUUCCAGUCAAUCAAAUUCGCAGUGUUCAACCAAUGGAAGCUGCAUCUACAGUUGUAUCAAAUACAAAUAAUGCAGUAACAUCUGCUCCUGGAACUCCCACUACACCAGGCGGGAGCAAACUAAGUCCAGGAAACAUCUUCAAGAAUUUCUUCAAAUCCUUCGUUCCACCGGUACGUGAUGAGGAAAGUGAAACCCAAAGGAAAGCCCACGCGAAGAGAGUGAGAGAAACUAGAAGAUCAACUCAAGGUGUGACGUUAGACGAGAUCAAGAGCGCGGAACAAUUAGUCAAGAAGAAGCAACAGAACAACGAAUCGUCGGCAGGAACACCAUCCACGCAGCCUACAACUACUGUCAGCAAUACAGCUUCGAUCACAGCUACAAUAACAACUGCAACCUCAACUACUGCUACCGUGACUACUGCGAAUAAAAUAGAAGAAUCUAAUUUGCCUGAAAGACGACCAUCUUGGAGAUUAAGGGUAGACAAUGGGAGCAAGUUUCAGUUAGAAGACGCUAAUAAUAAACCUGCUACCGAUAAUACAUCGGCCUACAUGAGAAGACCGUCUGGUGGAACUGGUAUACCUAGACCAUCAUCAGCGCCUGUAGAAACUAUUGCUACCAGUAGUACAGAAACCACAAUUACUUUACCCCUUAGGAGAUCAUUAAAGCAAUCUGAUGACAAGGAACAAGAUAAGGAAAAUGAUAGUAGAAAUGCACAAGCUACACAGGCAGUUAUACAAAGGAGACGUAGGCCUAAAAGAAGGUCGACGGGUGUAGUCCACGUGGAUAUGGAUGAAAUCGAUCCGGAGAAACAAGAUGUAAUUGCUGGCGGUGACUGUGAUGAUUCCAAGAUCAAUCACAAUGAAAGUGGAAACGAUCGUUCUUCUGUGAGGACUAAUAGAUUAGGUUCAAUAUCUUCAUUAUCAUCAGAAGCGUCAUCAACGCCGAUCAGAUUAAAAUCCAAUAAUUCCGAAAAUGGCGAAUUAGACUAUAAGAAAUUGUAUGAGGAAUCUCAGGUCGAGAACGAAAGGUUAAAGGACAAAUUGAAGCGUUCCGAUGAACAAUUGAAGGAAGUUAGAAGUUUAUUGGAGAAAGCGCAAAGCAACCAAAACAAAGUAAUUCUCUCUGAGGCAGAAAAGAGAGAAAGGCGAGCAAUGGAAAGAAAACUUUCGGAAAUGGAAGAAGAAUUAAAGCAAUUGCAAAAACUCAAAGCUGAAAAUGAGAGAUUGAAAGCCGAAAAUCGGGCACUUACCCGUGUCGUAUCCAAACUCACCAAUACUAAAUAGGUGAUGGACCAACUAAAAUGCGAAAAUCAGAGGCUAAAAGAUGAAAAUGGUGCCUUGAUCAGAGUAAUCAGCAAAUUGUCCAAAUAAAUCUUGUAGUCUCGACUACACAUCGCAAUGAAAUUUUAAAUUGUUAAUUCUAUGUUAUUAAUUUGUAUAUCGAAAUGAAUUGCUUUAAUUAUCGCAGCAUUAUUAUCUAGUAUUCUUACAAACGCACAUCACGCUAUCGAUGAAUUUAUCCUUGUGCUAGUAAUUUAACUUAUUCCGAUGAUGAGAACAAAUUAUUAAUCGCAUGGCUGUGCCAAAGGCGAAAAAAAGAUAGUACUCUUAUUCUUAGACUGUGAAUGAUUUUGUAAAAGACUUAGAGAAAGAAAUUUUACUUUGCGGAAUUAUUUUUUAUUGUCUUAUAUAUAGAAAGAUAAAUUUUUCAUAAUCCACUAAAAUCAAUUCGAUGUUUGGUAGUAAAGAAAAAAAAAGAAGAAAUCCAGAUUUACUUUAUAUUUGACUUCCUAGAGAGAAGAAAAAAUGUUGAUUUUUUACAGCUUUCUUUUUUUAACAAAUCACGUUAUCAAUGUUGAGUUUCUUUAUUAAGGAUAUUUUUAUGUAAAUAUGUAAUAGACAAUGGUGAUGACAAUGCGGCAUUUUAAUGAUUGAAAGAAAAAAUUUUUACUUACGGAGCAAGUCUCUGAAAUACUCUGACUGCAGACAAAUAAACACAGUAAAACGAGUCCAUUUACAUUAAAAGAAAAGCAAUAAACGAUAUUUCUGUUUCGCCUGGUUAAAUUAUACAGCUAGUAAAGAAGAAUGGAGUCACAAAGAACAUGAUCUUGCUACUCAAGUGGCCUUUCUCUGAAGACUGCAAUUUAUAAAUCCUUCCAUCAUUGCCAUUUUUGCAGUAUAAGCAGAAAUUUGAUGCAUGUACGGGAGAAUAAAUGUUUUUAAUUUUACUCUGUAAUAUUAAUACAUUUUCUUAUAAUAUCACAGAUAUACAUGUAAAAUAUACUUAAGACACAUUGGGAUUUUUUUUAAUCUCCUUAAAGUGCUAAAAUUACUAUAUGUUAGAGCUGUGGCUGUAAAAAAACUUGAGUUCGAAUGCUGUUGAUGACAAAAAAACUUGAGUUCGAAUGCUGUUGAUG